UCCAGUAUCCACUUGGAAUGCUUCAAGCCCCAACGCAUCCACCCAACUCCGCCAAACCUUCGCUUUUGAGCUUCGCUCCCGAGGCUAAGCGAACUCCACGAGAAAGAGGAGAGUAUGGUGGAAAUUCAGAUCUUGGGCACCACCCUCGUCUACCCUUCCUCGCCCUUCCCUUCCUGCCACCAACCCCUCCCCCUUUCCCACCUCGACACGGACCGCAUCCUCCACCUUCCGUUCCGCACCCUCCGCCUCUACGCCCCUUCUCCCUCUCCCUCCGCCGCAGACCCUGCCGACAUCGUCGCCGCCGCACUCUCCGCCACCCUCCCUCUCUUCUUUCCCCUUGCUGCCUCCCUCUUCCGCCGCCCCUCCGACAAUCGCCACGAGGUCAGGCCUCCCGCCACGGGCAUCCCUUUCACCCGCGCCGCCUCGCCGCUCACCCUCGCCGAGCUAAGCGCCCGGCCCGGAUCGCCCCUCCUCGACCGGUUCGCGCCCGACCCGGCCCCCGCCGAGGCGCUAGCCCACCCGCUCGCGAUACAGGUCACUCGGCUCGCGUGCGGCGGGUUCGCCCUCGGCGCGUGCGUCCACCUCGCCCUCUGCGACGGCGCCGGGUUCACCCAGUUCCUAAGCGCGGUGGCGGGCUUCGCGCGCGGGGCUGAGCGACCGGCGGUGGAGCCUGUCUGGGAGCGGGCCGAGCUGCUGGGACCGAGGAGUCCGGCUCGGGUGGAGGUGCCCCUGUUCCGCCACGUCCUGGGGUUCGACGGCGACGUGGCCCGCUCCGGACCGUACGACGUGGUGGAAGCGAGCAUCGAGGGUCCGCUGGUGAGGGAGUGCUUCCAUAUGAGCGAGGCGUGCAUGGAGCGACUCAGGAACAGGCUCGCGGAGGAGGCCGGUUCUAGCUGCACCACGUUCGAAGCUUUGAGUGCUUACAUAUGGCGCGCCAGGAUCAAAGCUUCAGGAACUCCCCAGGACGAGGUCGUGAAAUUGGUGUACUCCAUGAACAUAAGGAGACUACUUAAACCGGCACCGGCACUUCCCGCGGGGUAUUGGGGCAAUGUCUGCGUCCCCGUGUACGUCCAGCUGAGCGCCAGAGAACUAAUGGAGCAACCGCUGUGGGAGACGGCAAGGUCGAUCAAGACGAGCAAGCAGAGUGUGACGGAUGAGUACGUGAGGUCCUACAUCGACUUCCAACAACUCCAUUACGCCGAGGGGAUCACAGCCGGGAAGCGGGUGAGCGCCUUCACGGAUUGGAGGCAUUUGGGCCACUCCGACAUCGAUUUCGGGUGGGGUGGUCCGGUGAGCGUGAUGCCGCUCUCCUGGAGGUUGCUUGGCAGCUUAGAGCCUUGUUUUCUCUUGCCUGAUGGCACAGUGGAAAAGAAGAAUGGAUUCAAGGUGCUGAUUUCUUUGCCUGAGAAGGUGAUGCAAAGCUUCAGAGCGGACAUGAAGAUAUUUGCGAGCUAAUUCCAUUGGAGACAUCAUGCUGAGUGUAGUACUGUUAUGAUUUGAUGUACUGACUAUUUGAUCAUCCUGAUUCAGCUCCUGUAGUCCUAUUAAGUUCACUAGCACAUUGAAGCUGGAAGAAUCCAAUUCAGUCAUUCAUGAA